AUGUCGGAAAGCGACGGCGCCUCCUCUCACCACCACCACCACGAUCCCCACUCAACUCCUCCUCCAACUCUUCUUCUUCUGAAGCAAGUCCUGGUCGAAUCCCUCAAGAUCAUCCUCAGAAAUCCCCAAACAUUUAUUUCCAUCUUUGCCCUCACGACCCUCCCACUCUCCCUCCUCCUCUUCUCCCUCUCCCUCUCCUCCCACCCCAUCAAGUCCCACGUCUACCACCUCGAGUCCCUCGCCCGCCUAGCCCCCACGCGCUUCGAGGCCCGCCAGGUCUGGAAGGAGUCCCGCGACGACGCCGUUUCGCUCCUCCGCAUCAAGCUCUUCUACUUCCUCCCCUCCUACCUCCUCUCCCUCCUCGCCUCCGUCGCCGCCGUCACCGCCGCCUCCGCGAAAUCCCCGAGUCUCCGAUCCUCGCUCGCCGCCGCCAGGUCCAGCUGGACGCGACCCCUGGCCACCAGCAUCUGCGUCUACGCGCUCCUAGCCGCUUACGCGCUAAUUCCCAGCACUCUGGCCGUGAUUUUCGCCUCGGGGACCGGGCCCGGAUUAUUCAUCCGGGUCCUCGGGUCGGGUGUGGAGGUUUACCUGAUGGCGGUUACGGGGCUCGGGCUGGUUGUGUCGAUCGUGGAGGAGAGGUUUGGCUGGGACGCGAUCCGGGUCGGGUCGGGUCUGAUGGCGGGUAAGAGGCUGUGCGGGUGGGUUUUGUCGGGUUUGCUGGUGAUGGUUACGGCGGUGAUUUCGAGGAAGCUGGAGGAGGUGAUGGACGGUCAGGAUUUGAUGGAGCGAUCGUCGACGGGAACAAUGACGAGAGUCGUGAUGGGAAUUGAGGAGAAAUUCGGGUGGGUAGUUUUGUAUGGGUUAGUUGUGCUUUUCGGCUACGUUGUUACCUCGGUUUUUUACUGCGAGUGUAGAAAACGCCAUGUUAUUGAAAGUAAUGAAAAUGAGAAUGACAGUGUCUAA